GAAAUGAUAGGGUUUGGGAACAGCCGCCGAGGGAUGAAGUCUCCACCUCUGCUCGUAGCGGCGCUCCUGGCGUGUAUCAUCGUCCUGGGCUUCAACUACUGGAUUGCCAGCUCUCGCAGCGUGGAUUUGCAGAAUCGGGUCAUGGAACUGGAAGUCAGAGUGCGCAGGGCAGCAGCAGAAAGAGGAGCAGUUGAGCUGAAGAAGAAUGAAUUCCAAGGAGAGCUGGAGAAGCAGCGAGACCAGAUUGAUAAAAUCCAGUCCUUACACAGCUUUCAGAUGGAAAAUGCCAACAAACUACAUCAGGAAGAGAAGGCAACACUGAUGAAUAACAUCACAGCAAAUGAGCGAUUGAUCCAGACUCUGCAAGAACACUUGAAGGAGUUACAGACAGAAUAUGGAAAGCUGCAGCUGGAUGUUUACCGGUUUCAGAAGAACCAAACUAACCUUCAGAGAAAGUUCUCGUAUGAUCUGUCACAAUGCAUCAGCCAGAUGAAAGAAUUAAAAGAACAAUGUGAAGAAAGAAUAAAUGACCUUACAAAAAAAGGCAGUGACGUACCAAAGGACAAAGAAAACAAGGAAGCCUCGGAAGAUUCCAACAAGAAUCCCCAGGUUAAUGUUCAACUGCCUACCUUGAAGCACGUGGAGUUCCAGCAGGCUGGCGUGGACAAGCCGAAGGCUGAUGGGGAUGUACCCAGAGUAGCACCUACAGCAAAAAGAGCAGACUCUCCUCAAACUAAAGGUGGGGUGGAAAUCCUUGUUGCCGUCAGAAAACAGGAGCCUAAAGCAGAGGAGGAGACCCUUUUAGGUGAACUGAAGCCCCCCCAGGAUUCGCUCAAGGCCUCCGCGGGCCCCAGGGAGGUGCUGCCUGAGCCGGAGAAGGGAGUGAGAAGGGAGUACGAAGAGGCGAAGCGCGGAGCGGGGCGAGAGGCGGCCACGGAGCGCGCGGCCAACGAGGAGGUGGAGCGGGAGCAGCUCCUGAAUUACGACGCUCAGCAGAAUGACCCGCGUCCCCAGAAGGAUGACAAACAGGGACAUGAAGCACUGAACCAGGACAAAGACGUUGACUACAAUUUAGAUGAGAAUGAAGCUGAAUCUGAAACAGACAAACAAGCUGCGCUUACAGGAAUUGAAAAUAACUUGCAUGUUGCAAACCACGAAGAUAAUGUGAACAACCACUUACUUGAUCAAGCAGAUGAACGACAGAAGUUGUGAACAAGGGAGGUUCAUGAUGACUAUCACGUCUGCAUAUAAAUGCAACAGU